AGAGCUACUCACUGCUCGGCUGCUACUGCACAGUGACCUGCUCCCACAGUCCCUGGCUCAGCCAGCGUCCCCCUCCAUGGCAGAUUUUUCCACUGGAUCAUUCUCACUCAUCGUCACUUUCUCGGAUUGCUACUGUCGGUGAAGCUUAGAAAGGAUGCACUGGGGCCGCCCUUUACAAUGGUGUUGUUGUUGGGCUUCUCUGGAUUGAAGGCUGCUGCCCGACAUCAAGGAGGCUCUGCUGUUUGCAGUUAGUCAUGGUGGAGUCCCACCGGCGUUGCUGGACACUUUGUGAUUGUCUGCUUUUGACGAUUUUGCUAAUAAUGCUCAUUGUCUGCCAGCUGCCUGCGAAACUUAAAGCUUUCCCUACCUCUUUAAGUGACUGCCAAACCCCUACCGGCUGGAACUGCUCUGGUUACGACGACAAAGACAAUGACCUUGUUCUUUGUGAUACCAAUCUGUGCAAAUUUGAUGCGGAGUGCUUAAUAAUUGGAAACAGUGCAGUAUGUGUCUGCCAGUUCAAGUGCAACACUGACUAUGCUCCAGUAUGUGGAUCCAAUGGUGACACUUAUGAAAAUGAAUGCCACCUGCGACAAGCUGCCUGUAAACAGCAACAUGAAAUUGUUGUGGUGUCAGAAGGAUCUUGCCCAGCUGAUGCAGGCUCGGGCUCUGGGGAUGAAGCUAAUGAAGGCUCUGGAGAAAGCAGUCAAAAGGAAACAUCCACAUGCGACAUCUGCCAGUUUGGUGCAGAAUGUGACGAAGACGCAGAGGAUGUAUGGUGUGUCUGCAACAUCGACUGUUCUCACAUCAGCUUCAAUCCUGUAUGUGCUUCUGAUGGAAAAUCUUAUGAUAAUCCCUGCCAAAUCAAGGAAGCAUCGUGCCAGAAACAAGAGAAGAUUGAAGUCAAACACUUGGGAAGAUGUCAAGAAGACUCAACAUCUGAAACAAAAACUGAGGAUGGCCUUUUUGCAAGAACAGAUUAUCCAGAAAAGAAUGCCAAUAAAUUAGAAGAAUCAGACCAUCGAUUCCAAGUUCCUUGCCCAGACGAUGUUAGUGGCUUCUGCUUACAUGGAAAAUGUGAACUGCCUCCAAACACAGUGAAGCCCUCAUGCAGAUGUGAGGCUGGAUUUAGUGGACCACACUGUGACAGCAAGGAUUACAAUGUUUUGUAUGUAGUUCCUGGUAAUCCUAGAUUCCCUUAUGUCUUAAUAGCGUCAAUCAUUGGAGCAGUUCAGGUUGCAAUAAUUUGCGCUGUUGUCCUGUGUAUUAUGAGAAAAUGUCCAAGAAACAACAGAAUUCAUAGACAGAAGCAGAAUGUUACACACUACAGUUCUGAUAACACAACCAGAGCAUCAACAAGAUUGAUUUAAAAGAGUGCACAUUUCUGCCACAGCAAAAACAACUGCACAAAGUCUGGACUGCAGAUUAUUAGCAACCACAAACAACAACAAAAGGAUUUAUACACGUGUUGCCUUGCAUUUGUGGUAAACUACACCAAUGAAUACAUAUACCGCAGCUAUAUUUGGUUAUGUAUGGAUAUAUUUGAAAUAGUAUACAUUGUCUUGAUGUUUUUCUGUAAUGUAAAUAAACUAUUUAUAUCACACAAUAUAGUUUUCUUUUUUCAUGUAUUUGUUAUAAUAUACUAAUAAAUACUCAGUGAUGAGAACAAAUUUA